GUAAGCACGUUGUUUGAGUUCGAACGCAAUAAGAUGGAGGAUUUGUCGCCUUCCUUCGAAAGUGCCCUCGCGCAUCUUAUGGAGACAUUGCACGGAUUGACCGUCGAAAAAUCACCAGCUCAGGACAGUCAAGCUUCGCAAGAAGUUCCUAGCUCCGAGUACCUUGAACGGUACAACCGAACCAUCGCAUCAUUAAAUCGAAUGUACGAUCUAUACGCAGACAAUUACAAAUGCUUGAAGUACCACAACGAGCUCGCGGAUGAGCAGCUGACCACACUGUUUCACCUAUCUAGCGAGAUGCAUGCGACAUUGAACGAACACCAAAAUUUAAGCGACGAGUUGCAGAAUGUGAAGGAGAAGCUCAAUGAUCUAGCCAAUCUAAGCGAAAAGGUGAAUGACUCCUUGAAAAAUCUCAAACAAUUAGACAACGCUUGA